AUGGACUUCGGUGAAGCGCUCGCUGACGGAUCCUCUCAUCGCUCCGAGGCCAGUUCCACUAGCACUCGCGAGCUUCACAGCCAGCACAUUCACGAUCUCCAAUUGGAGGUCAACGCCCUGAGGCUUCAGGUUCAAGCCCUCAGGUCCGAUUUGCAGACUCUGGAGGAGUCCCUUGCUCGCGUCUGGGUGAACCAGACGGGUCAUCAUCAACGCCUCUCGUGGCUUGAGGGGUUAAUCCAGGGCUUGCGCCCAGUCUGCUUGAAACGGCUGAAGCUUCGUAUGGUGCCUCGGCUGUCCACAGGUGCGACUCCCAAAGCCUCGCCUGCUGCAGCGGGCCCUGCGGCCGCCAACCUGACUGAGGCUGAUCCUGAUCACUCGGUUUCUGGUCAGGGGGAGGAGCCUAGUGAUGAUGCAGCCAGUGUCAAUGCAUGGGGCCUGUUGGCUCCCCUGAGCCCAACCACCCAUGCUGCCGUGCCUGAGGAAAGCCAGGAUCCCGCCUUGUGGCUGUCGGAGCCUUUUAGUCCCUUUGCUUACGACCCUGUGCACGACCCCAACCUUGGUGACCCUGCCUCGGACUUGGGUUCUUAUGAUAUGGUUCAUAGUGGGGAACGGGAAAGGUCUCUUGACCCCGAAGACAUUUGGUAUGAUUCAGUGCGAGAUCUUUCUUUAGACGCGGUCCUAGUCGAAGGUGACAGAGAGGAGGUCGCAACCAGUGUUGCGGAAGAGCCUCUUCUGCCUGCUGAGUCGCUAUCCAGCAAGCGUGUCUUCGAGGAUGCCAGGUGGGCCGAGGUUGCUCAGGAGGCAAAGUUCAGGCGUGUGUGUCAGGACUUGCCAAAGUUGCCUUGGGAGCAAGGUGCAUGGUCCAGUAUUUUUGGACCUGAGAGAAACAUGAUCGACGAUGCCCUUAGGAGCAGUGUGCAAGCCUCUUAUGGCUCCGAGGAAGCUGGUCAAUUGCCACCUGAGAACCUGCCGUCAGCUUCGGCCUUUCUUGAGAAAACUUCGAGUGUAGUUAGGACUAGGCUAAGGCGGUUUCAUCUUGAGCGACCGGCAGAUGAUCGACGGGAGCACGCCAUAAAGCGACUGAGGGCCCUCAUCAUGUACGAUCCCGACACUACCUUCUUGGGGAUGGUAGUGGCAAAGGAGGCAGCGAACCUAGCUGACGAUGAGGCUCUGUCAUACUCCUUCACUUGUGCUUUUGCGAAGAGUGCUUCCGGCUCUCUCAUAAAGCGAGCUGGGUCCCUUGACCGUUUUGGUAAGUGGAUCCUUAGCUGCCGAGGGACCUCGCCCCUUAGAAGCUCCGAGGUUGACUUGUUUGCCUACUUCUCGCACCUGCAGGGCGAGGGGGCGGGAGCCACGUCAUGCCAGCAUUGUGUGGAGGCACUGCGAUUCCUCCACGGUGUUGCGGUGUUUCAAGUGCUUGACCUUGAAGAAGUCUUUAGCGCCAGGGUGCUAGGGAUUGUGAGGAUUAUGCACGUAACAAAGGCCCCGCUAGCUCAGCGUCCCCCUCUGACUGUAGAACACCUGUCCCUCUUGGAGCAGUUUGUGACCAUGAACAAGGAUCACCGCGCAUGUGUGGUAGGCCAACUGGUCUUCUGCGCACAUGCUUGUGCCCGGUGGGCAGACAGUCAGCGCGUACAGAGCCUAACCAUGGAGUGCGAUGCUGAGAGCGGUGUGGUACUGAUAGUAGCCGGGGCACUCGGCUCCAAAACAGCGAUCUCCGCUGAAGCACGCACGCGGCUUCUGCCGUACGUCGCCCUGGGCAAAGGCGUAAGCAACGUGCCAUGGGCAGAGGCGUGGAUGGAGGCCAGAAAAGAAAUGGGUCUGCAAGCUGGAGGGUCUUUUCUCCUUCCAACCUGGAGUGAGCGAAAAUAUGACUGGGGUGAUUUUGAAAUGGGGGCCGCGGAGGCCACGAACUACCUCAGGGAGGCGCUCAUUUCCAUGGGAUGCGAUCUUGAUGAGGUUCAGGACUAUGGCAGCCACAGCAUGAAAACUACUGUCUUGACUUGGUGCGGCCGUAGCACGAUCAUUCCUUUCACGGAGCCUGAGCAGCGUGCGCUUGGCCAUCAUCUGGAUCCGACAAGCAAAUCUCCUUUGACUUACAGCAGAGAGUACUAUUUGAAGCUCUAUGCAAAGGUGCUGGCCGUCUUUUCGACCAUCCAGCAAAACCGUUUCAAGCCGGAUUUGCCUGGUGCUGCAAGUGUUGCUGCUAUGGCGCAGUCCUUUGAAGAGGGCAACGAAAGGGGCUUGAGCCGACUUGAAAUUCCGACGUCAAAGCUGAACAGCGAAAAGAUGGCUGAGGAUGGGGAGUCGGACGACUCCGAUCACGCCUCGAUAGAUUUGGACAGAGAGCUCGAAAGGGAUGAUGGCCCGACCGAACGUGAAGUUUUUCGAGGGGUCCCCUGGACCACAUGCACUGUCCAUUCUGUCUCCGGCAUCACACAUGUGAAGAGGGAUCAGACCUCUCUCUUGUUGUGCAACAUGACUUCCUCCGCCCUGGAAAGUACUGCCGAGUUUGCUGAGAGGUGCAAGCGGCUAGGACUGUCGGCAGCCAACUUGGAGGUGCUCCAGCAUGCAGGCGUUGCAAGCUUUGGCCAGUUGUGCUUUAGCGUGAGUGCCUCCCCUCACACCAUCACUGACCAGACAUUCGAAGCAUGGGUUCAGCGGCUUUGGGUGCCCUCGGUUCCUUCUGAGCAGCAGCAAACAUGUCUGAAGAAGCUCCUUUUCGAAAGCCAAACCAUGUCAAUGGGCGAGAUUCGUCAGAAGAUGCAACCGGCCUCGGAGCAAGUUGCAAAGCCUCUGCCCCCGUCGGAGCGGUUAGCCAGGUCGCAACGGCAGCAGGCUCGGAUCACUGGUUUGGUGUACACUCCAGAGACUACUCCCUCGCACUACCUAGUUGACUUGUUUAACGAUCAACUUGAGACGGGAGUCAUUGCAUGGGUCGCGCCUGAAAAGUGCGCUUCCAGGGCAGAUGAAAUGCAAAGCAAUAAGAAGGACAAAGCCUUGCAGCUCAUGCCGGAUGGACAGAUCAAGGUUAACUCCAAGGCUGCAGAGGUCAGGUGUGAAGCCAGCACUGACUCCAAGCUUCGUGCAGCUUGGCAGAGACGGUCCCUUGCAAUGGACAUGGCUGGGAUUGCAACUUUCAUCGUGGUUGAAAAGUGGGUACAUCAUCUCUUUUCAGUGUUUGCCCGCGACGUGCCGGAAGGUUAUGCACCCAUCCAGUUGAGGCAGAUGGUAAAUGCCGACAAGCGCUUGUUCAUGUUGGCCGCCGAGGGCCUGCCUGCUGAUCUCAGGGCCAGCCGGCCCGGAGACAGGACACCUCUGGAUGAUCAAAUUAUCAUGCUGAUGUUCUCUCCCGAGAUCUCUCAGUACCUUGUGCCGAUGCCCAAGCCUCAUGUUCCGCCCCCACCUCCGGGGGGUAAGGCCUUAGCUGAAUCGCUGAAGCGGGCCCUCAGUGAGGACUUGCCCUUUGAUAAAAACUUCUUGAGUCGGGCUUGGAAGAAGGGCAAAGGCGGCAAGGGCGGAAAGGGUGGAGACAAGCAGGAGGAUCCGGCAAAGCGAUUCAACCUUCCCGAAGGUUGCUGUGAUCGCAAUGACAAGAACCAGCCUCUGUGUUUCUUGUGGAAUCAGGGGAAGUGCAAAUGGGUGGUCCUUGUGUCAUACACGGUGAGGGGCCUCAAGGGCAUGCCUGUUCCCACUCCCCUAGAUCCUAAGCCUGAUGCCGAGACCAACCCGGAGAGUCCGUCUUCAGCUUCGGUCGGCGAAACCCCGUUCGCCCUCGAACUCUUUUCGGGGCGGGGACGGCUGUCGCAAUGCUUGCGCCGGGCCGGAUUUACCGUCUUGUCCAUGGACCACAGGCUAGCUCACAGCCUCGUGCCAGUUUGCAAAACUGAUCUUGCCACCGAGGCAGGUCAAGCUUUCGUGUGGUCGCUCCUCGAAUCCUGCUGCCCUGCCUUUGUCCAUAUGGGCUUGCCUUCUGACACAGCCUCUUCUCGCUCCUCCUCAGGAGCCUUGCGUACCUCGCAAUAUCCUUUGGGAUGCCCGGAUUUAACCUCAGGCAGUCUUGAGGCCACACGCGUGGAUGAGGCCAACCGAAUGUACCGCUUCUCUUUUGAGGUUGCUUGCUUUUGCCUGGCCAGGGGUAUUCCCCUUUGCAUAGAGAACCCGCCGAGUUCCAGACUGUGGCAAAUCUUUUCUUGUUUCGCGCAGGGCUUGAAAGACACAGAGGUGUUAGCCAAGUGGCAGGCAUUGCCGUCAAUCGACCUGCAUUGUUGCAUGUUUGGCGGCUCCCGUGCUAAGCCAUUGCGGCUUAAAUGUACACCUGGCCUGUUCGACUCCCUUGCGGUGUCAUGCGACAAGCAACAUGAGCACAAGCCCUGGUCCCUCAGCCGCACUCGUGUGGAGAUUGCCGAGGAUGCAUCUUACCCUCUGGAUUUGUGUCGUCGUAUGGUUUCAUGCUUGCUGUCUUUCAUGGGCCAAGCUGGACAGGCCUUGCCGUCUGCCAUCCGUUUGCAUGACCAAUCCUUGGCUGCAGCUGGGGUCCAACCGCGCCGGCAUAAACCUCUAAUCCCCGAGUACAAGACAGUCGUGCAGGUCCCAGCGGACUCUCCAAUCCCGCCUGGUGCCAAGGUGCUUUCUCCCAGCCAACUUCAGGGGGUGGAUGUGGCUGCUCAUGUGGCUACUCCGAUGUCUACACCCUCCUCUGGUUCGACCACUCCGACUGUUGGUGCCGUGACCUUGGGCCUUUGGCACUCUCCGAGCGAAUUCUUUCACAAGGCUGCAUCUCUAGCUCACCCCAUGGAUACCACCAAGCCGGUGGCCAUGGUGACGAAGGCAGCAAUCGAUUCCUCCUUACAUGGGGACCCGGAUGCACUAUCCGAGCAAAGGAGAUCCUUCCUUUGCUACUUGGAGGAGAAGAUUCGCCGCCUUCAGCCCCGCGAGGACGCCUUACACAAAGGCAUGCCAAAAUAUAUGCAGGAAGUUCUUGAGGGCAAAAACUUGCUAGCCUGGGAGGAGCUCUUGAAAGAGACGGGCUAUACUGACCUUGAUUGCGUGCGCUUCAUGAAGGAGGGUGUGAGGCUUGUAGGGUGUGAGGAACAUCCAAAGGACUUUGCAAAGAAGGAGGAUGCUUCCCUGCUGUCCCAAGCCACUGCCGAGGAGGUCGAUGCUGGCUUCCUUGAGCGAGGUAUGACUGCCGAUGAGGUUAGUGCCUUCUUCGGUCACGAAGAUUGGGGUGUGGUACGAAGGUUUGUGCUGGUCCAGGAUGGAGUCCAUCCACGAGACCGCGACUUGUGUGUCAUCAUGAUCCAGGAUCAUGAUGGAGUUGCAACUUACCACAUUUGCAAUGCGUUGAUGUUCGGGGCUUCAGCAUCAGUGUUUGCAUUUGUGCGGGUGAGUCGCUCGUUGUGGUGGAUAAUAAAUAAGUGCUUGAAAGUACCCUGUGCCUGCUACUUCGAUGACUAUCCAUUAUUUAGCCCAGAGUCAUCAGCUGCCCCCGUGGACCAAGAUGUAUCCCGGCUAUUGGACCUGCUGGGGUGGAGGCAUGCAAAGUCCGGGUCAAAAGGCAAGCCCUUUGAUAGUUCCUUCGACGUCCUUGGGACUAGGCUAGACUUGGGUGAGAUCUUGUCAGGGAAGAUAGUUCUUGCAAAUAAGGUUGGCAGGGCGGAGAAAAUUCUUGAAAAGGUUUCGACUGCAUCCCUAGGGAAUGGGAGCUUCAGGCAAUCUUUGCAGGUCCUUAUUGGACACCUGAACUUCGCCUCCGGCUUCUUUGCCGGAAGGGCCCUGCGACAUGUGGCCUACGACUUGAAUCAUCUGAUGGGCAAGGAUUGGCUUUCAGCUAAGGACUCCUUGGAUGAGUUGGGCAGCCGCAUCUCCGUCAUCCUUCAGGGCACCCCUCCCCGGUCCUUAGUGUGCAACCGAGUGCGCCAACCGAUCCUGGUGUGGACCGAUGGCUCUUGGGAAAAGGGACAUGCGGGUAUAGGUGCCGUUGAAUGGGAUCCCAUUACCUCGAAGGGUGCGGUUUGGGCUGGCCACGUCCCAACUAGCAUCACUGCUUUGUGGUUGAGAACUGAAGAUCACACUCAGGAGCAGAUAAUAUCGCAGGUCGAGUUGUAUGCAAUGGCACUCAUCAGACAUCUACGGAAAGAAGCAUGGAUGCACCGAAGGGUCAUCGUCUUCUGUGAUAACGAGGCGGCACGCUUCGCAGCCAUAAAGGGUGGCAGCAGCAGCCACAGCAUGAAUCGGCUGGUGCAGGCAUGGGAUCACCCAAAUUUUGAUCACCCAGCUUACUUGUGGAUCGAGCGUGUGCCCUCUUUCUCGAAUAUUGCUGAUGGUCCCUCAAGGGGCGUGCCCGAAGAGGCCUUACGCCUUACACGUACCAGCUCUUGCAGAACUUUUGAGACAGAGGCCGAGCUCGAAACUCUUUUGUUCAGCAGGCGCAGAAAGGAGAUGGG